AUGGCUCCGGCCGCAGUUCAGCUCUCGCAGUUCGCAAAUGGCGAGACGAGCGUCACGGUCCAAACCAGCGUUCGAGAGAAGGACGUGUUCGUUGUCCAAUCCGGCAGCAGCACGAUUAAUGAUAGCAUCAUGGAGCUUCUAAUCUUGAUCAAUGCUUGCAAAGGAGGCUCUGCAAACAAAAUUACAGCUGUUUUACCAUACUUCCCAUACAGCCGCCAAUCGAAGAAGAAAGCGCACCGAGGAGCUAUCACAGCUCGUAUGCUUGCAAAUCUGCUUCAUAUAGCGGGAGUCAACCAUGUUAUCACUAUUGACCUCCAUGCCUCCCAGAUGCAGGGCUUUUUCAAGUGCCCAGUCGAUAACUUGCACGCCGAGCCUAUAAUCGCGAGAUGGAUUCGCCAUAACGUUCCUGGUUGGCAGGAAGCAGUAUGUGUAUCAAAGAAUCCUGGAGGUACCAAGCGGGUGACAUCUCUGGCGGAUGCACUCAAGCUCAAUUUCGGCAUGGUUACAACUGAUAAACGAAGGGGUGGUAAUAUGAGUUCCAGCAUGAUAAUGCGCCGAUUAGACGGGUUUGCAGAAGCAGAGCAGUAUCCCGCGGUUUCUAAACCACAAACUGGCUCUGAACACCAGCCCACCCAGCUUGACCCAAAGCCCCAAAGCAGCGAUUUGAAAACCGAAGAAAACGUUGAGCAAUAUCUUGAAGAUGAGACCGCUCCAUCUCUAGCAAACGACUCACGCCAAGAUAAUCCGACGUCGCCACGAAAACAUACAAUUCUGCACCCAUCUUUCCGAACCACAAGCGGGUCUUCUGUCCCUAACAGAUCACCCAGUACUCGGGCAGAGCAUAUGCCAGUUCGAUCGUCCCCUAUUGAAGAAGAACCAGAGUUUACAGACGAGCGAGCCCGAGAUAUUACACAUGGACGACUUGUACAAGGCCAUAUUGUGCCAGAUGACUAUCAUUCACCUCCACAGUCAGCAGUGUCCCCCUCAAUGCCGAUGGAGAAUCCCGAUGAGGAUCCAAUGGUGAUAUCCCGAACAUCUUCCUUCUUUAAUUCUGAGUCACGCCCUCACGGCCCAUCUGCAGAUGCCGCCGAAAGUUCCGAUGAAGAGGAAGAAGGUUUUAACAAUUCAUCCUUUGAGCAUAUGAUCACACUCGUAGGUGAUGUCAGGAAUAGAACCGUUUUCAUCGUUGAUGACAUGAUCGACAAAGCUGGGAGCUGGAUCGCUGCAGCUGAAUGUGUUGUUAAGCGUGGCGGAGCCAAGAAAGUCUAUUGCAUUGCUACUCAUGGUUUAUUCGGGGCCGAUUCUCUCGAGGAACUUGAAAACUGCGAGUGCAUCGAUGCGAUCGUCGUUACGAACUCAUUUCCAAUUGUCCCCGACAAGGCGCGCGCGGCAACGAAGCUUGUGGUACUACCACUGGCGAAUUUACUUGCUGAGGCGAUCCGCAGAAACCACUACGGAGAAUCAAUCUCUGCGUUGUUUACACACACGUUCGAUUAG